AUGGACAACAUCGACAAGGAAUAUGACCGGCUCGCUGAACACAUUUACGACUGCGCGAAUAAGGCUGAGAGUUUUAAAACCACCAAGAGACGCCUGUCUCUUGAAACUUUUGAGCUGAUACGCCAGCGUGGAGCAGCACAAGCCGCAGGGAACCAAGUACUCACGUCCGAGCUCGCAAGGGUUCGCAGAGAGGGGAUAAAGGAAGUCCUCAAAGAGAGAAGAGCAGAAGUGCUGGCUGAGGCUGCAGAGGUGGGGAAAAGCAUCUGCUAUGCCCGUCAAGUAGACUUCGCCAGUCGCAAGACGAGGAGGACUGCUCUCCGGAACCCGAAGGAAACAACCGUUGCAUCGAGAAGGGGGAUGGAGAAAAUUAUCUACGACUCCUAG